AUCGCCAACCGCAUCGUUGCAGUCAUGUCUGCCGGAACGCUGAGCCCGUUUGUUUACUGGGCGCAAAAUGACUCUAAACUGUUCCUACGCGUUGACUUAAGGAAUGUUAAGGUACCCGAUAUUGAGGCUACCACCAGCGGGCUAUCGUUCUGCGCUUACGGCGUGGGUGCGAGAGGCGAAGAGAAGUACAAGUUCCUUUUGGAUUUCUACGCGCCCGUUAACCCGGACGGCUGCGAGUACCGGGUGAAUGACAGGCAAGUGGACAUCCAGAUUACAAAGGAGAAAUCGGAUCCCUGGCCUCAGCUUUUGUCAGCAGAUUCACCAAAACCGGCAUGGCUUAAGGUUGACUUUGACAAGUUACAAACAGAGGAUGAUGACGAGGAGAUAUCAGAAGACGACAACCAGCUUCGGAACUUCUACGAGCAGGAGUCGCAGCGUUAUUCCCCAGGCUCACGAACAAGCCCACCAUCAUGGAACAGGAAACGGCGAGGCCAUGAGAGGAAGACCGAGGAAUUUCGCAAGGUCUACCUCUUUCUCUACAAUCUCUUCCAGUUUGUCGGCUUCCUCUAUGUUGGUCUUGUCAUGCUCAUCCGCUACAGCCGCGAUGGUGAAUACUCCAUGGCGGGUACCUGGGAAGCAGUGGGCAAAGCCAUGCGUCUAGUCAUCUGCCUGCAGCUUCUCGAGGUGCUCCACCCGAUGCUUGGGUACACCAGAGGCAGCUUUCUGCAUCCGAUGGUGCUGGUUGGUGGCCGCAUCUUCAUGGUAUUUGUCAUGAUUGAUGCAGAGCCAAGGAUGCAAACCAAGCCCGUUGUCUUCUACCUGUUCGCUGUGUACACGCUGGUAGAAUUGUGCAGGUACCCUUACUACAUGCUGCGCACAUAUGACAAAAGCAUCAGCUUCAUUACCUGGCUGCGGUACACUGUAUGGAUUCCUCUGUUUCCACUUGGAUUCCUGUGUGAAGGGGUGAUGAUUCUCCGGAACAUUCCAUACUUUGAGGAGACUGGGCGCUUCAGCGUGCUCUUGCCCAACAUGUUCAACUUCUCCUUCUACCUCCCAACAUUCCUGCGGCUCUACCUACUUUUGGGAAUCUUUCCAACACUGGCAUUUAUGAUGAGUCACAUGUACCGGCAGCGCAAGCAGAUCCUCGGUCCCAAGGACAAGGAGGACUAAGGACAUGUGUCAUCCUUAUUUACUAGUCUGCUUCAUUCCAUCAAUUUUUUUUUUACUCCAUACCUCCUUCCUUCAUGGCAGCUACAGUUAUUAAAGUGAACAGAGUAAACCAAAUG